AUAAAAAUAGGCAAUUACCUCUCUUAGCUUGUACCUCAGAUAAUGGAUCCAUCAAGAAUUUCUAUUCGUCCAUUCAAACUUUCCGACGUUGACGAUUUCCUAAAAUGGGCCGGCGAUGAUAAAGUAACCUGGAAUUUAAGAUGGAAUUCCAUUACCUCUAAAGAAGAAGCCCUAGAACACCUCGAAAAGGUCGCGAUACCUCAUCCUUGGCGUCGGUCUAUAUGCUUGGACGAUUCUUCAAUCGGAUAUAUCUCCGUUUGGCAAUACUCCGGGGACGAUAAAUGCAGAGCUAACAUUGGAUAUGCAUUAGCUACAGAGUAUUGGGGACAAGGGAUUACUACAAUUGCUAUGAAGCUGGCCUUGUCUACUGUGUUCGACGACCUGUCUGAUUUAGGCAGGCUUGAAGCUUUUGUAGAGGUACAUAAUAAGGGAUCGCAAAGAGUAGCCGAAAAGGUUGGAUUCUUGAGAGAAGGACCCAUCAAGAAUUUCUAUCCGUCCGUUCAAGCUUUCCGAUGCCGAUGAUAUCCUGAAAUGGGCUAGUGAUGAUAAAGUAACCCGCUACUUAAGAUGGAACACCAUCAACUCCAAAGAAGAUGCUUUAACAUACAUAGAAAAUUAGGAAUUUGAAAUUCACUAGGUAGAAUUCUGAGUAUCAUUUCAUUUGAGCUUUAUGUAUCUUGCCAAUGCUAGCAAGAAGUUUUCCAUGGGCCAUCCGCCUAUAUGGGCCUAUGUAAAAGCCCAAAUCUGAAAGGAAACCUUGUUAAUUGGCCCAUGCUCUUUUU